ACUGGAUUUUCUUGUGAAUGUUUUUUGGUGUUUAGUUAAUUUUCUAAACCGCACACAAUGAUGUAAUUUGUUUUUCGAUGUAUGCUGAAUGGAAAGCCUCGAAGAAAGACAAAGCAACAACGGCGCUGAAGACAAAAUAACGACCUUUGCGUCGCCUACUGUUUUGGCCGCCAUAUUGGAUGAAGAACCGUCGGAUGAAGAUGUUAUUCGUAGCAUGGUCGCGUCCAGUGGUCAGGAAGAACAGACGGAAAGGGUCACUGAUAGUUUGGAGUCUUCAUUAAACGAUUCUCUCGAGUUCUCAAAGCCUGUAGAAUCAAACGAACCCAAACGAGUUGAAUCCACCAAGAUGAAAAUCGAGCCUUCGCAGGUAGAGACUUCGGAAGACAUUUCGGAUAUUCCCAAGAGUUCUACUCCGCUACUAAAUGACAACAUGAAACACAGCAAAAAAGUCGGAAAGCCUAAACCGCGAAAGCCACAGCACAUCAUAGAAAGAAACAAAGAGAGGGUUGGGAAGAAGGUUCCCGAGAGGACUGGCUAUGCUCAAGUUCACGGAAUGAGGACGAGAAAGAAUGUCGAAAAAUCCAAAGAAAAAUCUGGAAACCAAACAGAAGAAACUGUUGCGAAUGUACCUGGCUCAGGCUUAGAGAGUCAGUCACAGCAUUCUCACAAAAUCAGUGAUGAUUUUAAUAGCCAAAACUCUGUAAGUCCAGUUCACUAUGAUAAUGAUCAAAACUUACAAGGAGACAGCUCUCUAGAGAAGUCACUUGACACAUAUCACAGUCAUUCACAUGGUCCUUACUACGAUGUCAGCCAAGACUUUGGCUCAUACUAUAAUCCUUUAGAAUCAAAUUAUUCAGAUCUAGUUGGUUAUAGCAGAGGAUACCAAAGUGCUGCAGCAAACUCAAGACAGAGGCAUGCAAUGGCUGGGUCUUUUCAACCAACACAUUAUAACUCUCUCUCCACCCAGUCUGCACCCCCAGGUGUUUACGGUUACCAGCGUACACCUCUCAUCUCCAGUGUACAUAAUUUGCACGAAGAAGAUUAUAAUUCAUCAUCAGCCCUAUCUGACACUGAUUUUCAAAAUUUACAAAAAGCAAACAAAUUCCCAGAAUCCAGUUUACACAGGAAAUUUUCCUCAGAACCGUACUUAGCAAAUCCAAGUUCUUUAUCAUUACAUGGGAUGGCAGAUGCUGACAGAAGCAGUAAAGCAUCAGGAAGUUAUUCCAGCUUAAGACAACCAUUGUUUCAGUACAAACCAUACAGCUUAAAGGACUACAGAAAUUUUGUUGGCUCUGAGGUUGAGCGGCCUGCUGGUGGCUUAGGACCAAACAAUGACACUGAUGACUUUAAAGAGAAGAUGAGAAAAGUCAGUAAGCAAAGAGAGUAUGCAGCAAUGCUGAGGGCCCAGCACUCAACCAUGAAGAAACAGCAGGAGAAAAAAGGAUCAAUUCAACAGCCAGUUAAACCUAAACAUAUCAAGGAGGCAGAGGCAAAACGGGAAGCUGCUUUGACCUAUGCCAAGAAUGUCCCUAAACCAAAACAGAUGGUAAGCAGGAGGAGAGGUAGUCCAAGAAUGAGUGACACUCAAGCUGAUGAUGACCAGGAAAUUACAAUACUUGAAAUAUUGAGACUGAGACAUGAAAAAGAGAAAAAAGAAGUUGACACAAUAAGGAAAGAUCUUGCUUCUAAAAUACGACUCUAAUGCAUACACCACCUGUAAAUGUUUGUAGGUUGAUGCAAUUUGUGUAUUGGGUGAAAAACAUCCUUAGGCAUCAUUAGAAAG